CUAACAGAUGAAACUAUGAUCAGUUUUGCCUGACAGGACUUGUGGAAAGUCACUGCUGAAUAUGCAGGACUUAGCACGACUUGGUAUGCCCAGGAAACCCCUGAUGUGCAACGGCCGUGCCCUGUUAUGGGGCCUGUUCUGUGGAAUAUUUCUUACAGAUGCAUUAGUCAUGGCUUGUCCAUCAAGCUGUCACUGCAUAGAGAAGAACGGCUUGACGGUAGUCCAAUGUAUGUCUCGCAACUUGGAAAAGAUCCCGCCUGAUCUUCCAAGAGACACUGUUAUCCUGCUUUUGGCAGCAAACCACAUCACCCACAUCCCCAACCAUGCCUUCAAAGACCUUCACUACCUUCAGGAGCUGGAUCUGUCCAACAACAACAUUGAGACUGUGGAUGUGGGAGCGUUUCAAGGUGUCUCUGACAGCCUGCUUGAGCUGGAUUUAUCAAACAAUCACAUCCAAAGCGUCCCCAAAGAGGCAUUUGCCCGCCUGCGAGCUAAAAUCAGCCUCUCGAACAACCCCUGGCACUGUGAGUGUACGCUGCAGGAAGUCCUGAGGGAGCUGCGGCUGGACCCUGAAACAGUGAACGAGGUGAUCUGCCACACAGCUGUGCAGGAGGAGUAUGCAGGCAAACCAGUGAUCCAGGUGCUGGACUCAGGGAUCAACUUCUGCAAUUUUCACCAUAAGACCACAGAUGUAGCCAUGUUCGUCACUAUGUUCGGGUGGUUCACCAUGGUGAUAGCGUAUGUCAUUUAUUAUGUCAGACACAAUCAGGAGGAUGCCAGGAGGCACCUGGAAUACCUAAAGUCACUGCCAAGCAACUCUCAGAUCAGCAAAGACUUCGACACCAUCAGCACAGUUCUCUAGCAGGGCUGUGUGACUCAGGAGUUGUGGUGUGUUUGAGUGUGUGUGUCUGUAAAUACCUGGAUAAGUGUGUGGUUAUAAACAAAGUGACUUAAAAGAUGUUUCAACAUAUAAAUCACAUUUUUCAAGCACAUGAAAAGGGAGUAUUUAAUUGAAUAAAAUCAAUCAUCUUUAUUUUUGUGUAGCCCAAGAAAUUAUCAAUUUUGUAUUAUUGCGUAACAUUUUGUUUUGUGAUGUAAUGUUGCACAAGAAAUGGACAGGUCAACUGUGAUAGCACAGAGUGAGCAAGGUACAGCUAACACUAACAUUUCCAUAAGAGAUGAUAAAUUUAAGAGGAUCUAUAAAUCUUUCUGAGUGGAUGUCGGUCCACAGUGGGAUUGAAUCUGGACUG